AUCUAAUUUUUUCUUUUCAAACAAAACCCCUAAAAAGGUUUGGCUCUUCUGGGCACAACAAGUCCGUCACAUUUGUAAGAAUUGGGGGGGGGGGGAUUUCUCGGUGAUUCUUAAUCGGUUUUCAGAUCCAAAGUCAAGAAUGAACUCCAAUCUGCUCCCCGGAGUUGAUUCCUUACCCGAUGGAUUCGUUGAUGGAGCUACAGCAGGUGAUGUCUCGAUCAAGAAAACAGAGAAGCGCAGGACUUUUCCCGUUCCUUUGUGUGAAGAAGAAACGGAUGGUAACGAAGACGGCGACCUUAAUGACCUCCUCUCGAGCAAGCUCAGCUUAGACUUAGAGCAGAAAGAAUCAUCAUCUCAAACAUCAUCCUCUAACAAGGAAACAGAAUCUACUCAAGAUAACGCUUCUUCCAAACCCGAAGAACAGGAGGAGGCAAAGCUUAAGACUUCAAAGAACAUGUUCAAAUCCGAACAGGAUUUUCUCGAAUUCAUGAUCAAGUAUCAGCAGGUCCUUUCUGAAAGAGAUUCUGCUAUUACUGUCCGUGACAAGCUUGAGUCACUUUGUAGAGAGUUACAACGCCAAAACAAGUUGCUGAUGGAAGAAUGCAAGAGGGUGUCUACUGAGGGACAGACUUUAAGAUCAGAUCUGUCCACAAAGUUCCAGGAAGCAAUAAAGGAUGUGAACAUUAAGUUGGACAAGCAGAAGGAUGAAAGCCUCUCACAACUAAAAGAAAAUGAAAUGUUGAGAACGCAGUUUAAGCACCUGGCUGAUCAAUAUAUGCUUUCAGAACAACAACAUGAUCAAAAAUUAAAACAGAAAACACUGGAGCUACAGAUUUCUGAACUAAAAAUCAAACAGCACGAGGAGAAUCUCAUCCAUGAACAAUCACGGAUUAAAGUUUACGCAGAUCAAGUCUCUCAGAUGUUAGCAACCGAGAAGAACUUGCGGCUGCAGCUAACAUCUGAUGGUGAGAAGUUCCAGCACUUCCAGGAUGCAUUGGUGAAGAGCAACGAGGUGUUUGAAACAUUCAAACAAGAAUUCAAACUAGAAAUCGACAAGAUGUCAAAAGAAAUCAAAGAACUGAGGAAAGAAAACGCAUUCUUUAAGGGCAAAACCGAGAGAUCGGAUUUUACUCUCACAAAACUAGUUGAAGAGCGUGAGAAAUCGAAGAAGCUUUUAGAGAAGACAAAGAACCAGAAAGAUAAGCUUGAAUCGCUUUGCAGAUCCCUUCAAGCAGAAAGAAGGCAAAAAGAAUCUAACAGUAGCGAAUCUGCAGCUGCUCAAGCUUGAAGCUAUAAGAUUUUUUUUUUUUGUGUGUGGGAGUUUAAAUUAAUUAGCAAUUCAUAUCAAAAACUACAGUUCACUUGAUAAGGAUUAUUUUUGAAAACCCUCUCA